AAAAAAAAUGCCCGAAAGGAAAAAUGAAGAAACGAAUCGAUUCACCGUUGCCGUGGCCACAAAGACAAGGGGGGCAAAACAAUUGGCGCAACUCUUUAUUAGUCUAUGUUAUUUUUUUUUUUUACCCUACCUAAGCGGGUGCAGACAACGCGCGCUCGGUGCUCGAAAGCCGUCGUCUGCUCCGUUCGUGUGCGACGUCGAAUCCUAAACCAGAACUGACGUCACGGCCACUUUUACUUCCGGCCUCAGCCAGUGGCGCCGCCAGCGGCGCGUGGCUGGAGCCGAAGACCGCGCGCUCCGAGUUUCGACGCCAAUCUAGCUCCAGCGCCCCGUCUGGCGAACGGUGUCGGGCGCCUCCAAGUUUUUAGUUUUCUUUUUAAGUUCCGUUCAAGGCCCGCGGCAGCACUCUUCCGCUGCUAUCGUAGAGCUUAAUUUCUUUUAUAGCUUUUUUUUUUAAGAACGCCCUGCCCGAGCCGCACGCUUUCUGUGCCAUUCGUAACAACAACGGCGUGUAGUGGGUCUUGCAUUCGUAUAAACUGGGUUUCGUAGCGCGCUUGAGUGAAUGUGACAGUUCGGGACCUCGAACGUAGCUUUCCAACUGUUUUGUAGGCGCCGACCACUCGCGCACUGGAAACAACUAGCUGCGAGACUCCUAGUUGAUCUGGAUUUCACCGAGCUCGCAUUUUCUUUCGUUGGCACUGCAGACUUUCGGGAAGUGUCGAGACGCGUGCUCUACGGCAGCAGACGACAUCGCACGACCAAGACGAAAUCAUCAUCCCUAUUUUAAUAUAAGCUGGUAACUUCGCUGCUCUGCGUCGAAGCGUUUCGUUUUACUUUUCCUGUGUCGCCGACGAUGGAGCACACGACGCUCUCCUUCGCUUGACUUCCACCACCUGGCUUCACUGUCAAGGACCAAACCGACAACAGCCCGGAUUUGUCGUCUGGUUAGACAGAUCAAGUAGACGCCGUGACUGAACGGCGCUUGUCUGUGCUAUCAACACCGGUGGCUCUCGAAACCCGCAGCAUGCAUUACGCACUCUACCUGCCGUGAGAUUGCGAUCUUCGUGCGGAACCGAGAGUGCCAAGUGCUUCGGUUGUUCGCGCGCUGACCGUAAGUGAAUUUGUGAUUCCGGAGAAUUGCGACGACCACUUGAGAGCGCCGCGUUUGUGCCUCGACGUGGGUGGUGGUGCGCGAGUUUUCAAUUUCUUCCCCCGCUGUUUCGCACGACGUCAUAACCGGCGUCCCUGGAAGGCACCUGCUCGGCGCUGACGAGGUUGGGAACUGCGAAUCGACCAUCCGGUGGCCCUGAGGCUACUACGCUCGCAUCGACCGGUGCGCAGCCGAUAAAAGAGCAAAGAGAGCGAACGGAAGAGCCAGUUGUCUCUCGGCCCGUCCGCUUCGGCCCCAUCCCGAACGUCGCCGGCGAGAAGGACUAUGACGAUGGAUAACACCGGGUUCCGCAAGUUGGUGCGACAUGCCCACGAUGAACCAAUCCGCAACAACAACGCGGUUACCUUCAAGCUACUCCGCACCGUGGCCGACUUCACGCAGCAACUCUCCAAGUUGCACUCCCGCCAUGCCGAGGAACUGCAGCUGCUCGUCGAGGCGUUCCGGAAGCGGAACUCGGAAUUACGAAAGGAACGGCCUCCGUACCAUAGCAGUCUCUUCAACUGUUGGGAGGUGCUUCUUCAGGAAGUUGAAGUCGACUCUCAGGUUCACGGCGACAUCUCCCGCUGCUUGUCCCAGCACAUGGGCGUGAUGCUGCUGGAGAAGACUUUCCACCGCAAGGCACAGUCGCGGAAGGUCUUCCAGCACCGGGAGAGCUUCGAGACCAUCCUCGUCAAGGCCGAGGAACUGCUCAAUAAGUGCCAGGGCGAGUACGCCGAGGCGUACCGGACCGUGUGCCGCCGAGGCGGUCCCGACCUCACGGCCGCGCCGCUGGACCAGCCGUCGCCGCUGACCGCGUCCGAGGAGCAGGCGGCGCUGGCCGCCUACUACGACUGCCACAACGCGUACGUCCAGCAAUUGGCCGCCACCAACGGAAUGCUGGACGAGUACUACGGCUCCACGCUGCCCCGCCUGCUGGACGAGCUGCAGGACGUCUACUGCGACAUCAGCACCAUCGUCGCGCAGUCCAUGCUGGCGGCCUCCGACGUCCUGGCGGCCAAGGCUCGGGAGCAGGCGGACCACUACGAGGCGGUGGGCUCCUCGUGCCGUGCUGUCAACGCGCGCAGCGACCUGGCGGGCUUCGUGCGGACCCUGUGCAGCACGGACCCUCGCAACCCGGCCGGAAGCGGAGCGAUCCCGGCCACGCCCCCCCGGCACCCGUUCGUGCCACCCAGGGCCGACGACGAAUCCGUAUCCUCGGGGGACUCCCAGCUGCAGCAGCCCAGCCUCGGGGAGCAGGUGAUAGUGGACCGGCUGGCCUCGCUGUCGGUGUCUUCGCGUUCCGAGAGUCUACGGCAGGACGUGGCUCAGCUCGAGGUGCAGGUGCGACAGCUCCAGGACACGCUGGACGCCCUGCUCAGGAUGCAGCAGAGGAGCUUGGAAUCAAGCCUUUACAACAAGGCCAAUGAACUUCAGGAGGACAUUAGUAUGAAAAGGUUUGACCUCCAUGUGGCACAGAUUCACCUCGCAGCUGUCAAAGCCCAGUUCGCUCUGUUCCGGGGCAAGGAGGUAGAGGCGGACGGGGAGGAACGCAACUGCCGCGAGCGCAAGGCGUCGACCGCGGUGCCGGCGGUCACCGGCACCAUCAAGAACAAGUGGCUCAAGGCUUUCCGAAGCCUCAAGACCGGAAGCGGGGCCUCGGACAAGCCUGAUGGGUCAGACCGGAAAGGAAGCCAUGCUGCUGGCGGCGCAGGUGGCGCAGGCGUGUCCUGGGACACGGGCCAGCACGUGUUCCAGGAGUACACGUACAAGAAGGUGACCGCGUGCGACGUGUGCCGCGAGAUACUGCGCGGUCACGUGCGCCAGGGGCUCAAGUGCAAACUGUGCAAGUUCAACGUGCACGCCGAGUGCCAGGACAAGGCCAGUCGGUGCCAGCCCAAGCCCAGACUUCUUCGAAGACAGCGGUCAGCAUCAGAAAUUGAGACCAAGAUCAUCCCAGCCGAACCUGAGGAAGAAAAGACUCCCAGCGCCACGCCGGACGCUGUGGACCCCAUCUACCAGCUGCUGAAGCAGGCCGGCGACCUGGGCGGUUCGUCCCGCCGGGAUCGCGGAGGAGGAAUGGAGGCCUCCUCGACGCUCACCCGGCUCGGACCCGGCGCGGACCGGGACGGCGGCGGAAGCAGUAGCGUCUCGUCCAGCGUGGCGUCACUGCAGCAGCGCCGGCCCCGCUCGAACGCCUCGUCGUCAGCCUCCUCCUCUUCUUCGCACAUGCUCACUGUCUCCUCGCACCAGCACCAUCCGUCGUCCUCUGCCCGUUGGAGACAGAUAGUAUCAGCACCUCACAGUCCCCAACGCAAGAAGUUGUCUCUCCGUAUGAAGAGCCUCUCCCUGGACAGCCCUGAGUCGAACGAGCAUGCCCAUCGUCGACGACAACUCACAGCUCCCCAAAGUCCGGUGCACGGUCGAAGGCAGCUCCUGAGCGCCAAGGCGGUGCGCAUGAGUUCGGUCGAUCUGCCCGACGACAACGAGAAGUCACUCAGCAGCGCCUCUACCUCACCCUGUCCAUCCCCAGCUUCGGCGCAGAAACCCCAUCGCCUGCUACCAACCAACCUCUACGUAGUGCUGUACAAUUUCAGGAGUCGACAUCAGGACGAGCUCGAUCUCAAGGCUGGUGAUACGGUGACUGUGAUCGAUACCACAGACCCAGAUUGGUGGCAGGGCAAGUGCCUGGGCCGCGUGGGGUUCUUCCCGUCCAAGUACGUGGCCAAGCUCCAUUCGGGCGAGCGGGCUCUACAGGUGCUGCACUCCAUACAGGUCAUGGACGGGCAGGAACCCGUCAAGCUGCUGCGUGAUCAGAUCGUGAUCCAAGUGGCCGACGAGAUGGACGGCAAGGUGUUGGUGCGGACGGGGCUCGGCGACAAGGCGCUGCCUUGCCCACUGAAGUACCUACAGGAAGUGUGAACCACACGUCCUACUCCGCGCUUCCCCGGAUGUGGUGGUGGUGGUGCGGGAAGGAAAGCGAGACUUUCCGGGAAGCUGCGUGUACCACCAUCGUCGCCGACUUCCUCUUUCUCCGUGUACUUCCUCCAUAACCUCGCGGGCACCAUCUGCAGUCGCUCAAGCUCGGCGACGGGGCGAUCGUGACCGAACUGAUGGACGCAGUCGCCAUGCCGAUCAGUGUGCACAUUCGAGGCCUCUUCUUUUUCUUUUUCAUUUUUAUAUCUAAUUUCCGGUUUCGUUUAUUCGAUGCGUGCAAAUUGCUUGUCUGUUCUCGACUGUGUGGAGCGAUCAUUCGUGAAAGGUUGACUGGGAGUGCAUCGUCGACGCUCCGCGAGACCUCCGUCGACUCGGGAGUGACUGUGUUCACGGAGAAGAUGUAGGCCUAACGAAAAGUACGCAGGGAAUGAAUUUUGGUGCGAAGCUGUUCGCAGGUUGUGACGAUUUUUUUUUCCCUCUCAGAAAGUUUACUGCCCCCCGUUAUUGUUUUCCCGUGUCUCUCUUUGUUAUCCUUGACUCUUCAUGAGCUUAUGCGCCUUUCUUUUCUCUAUAUUUGAGCGCAUACCAGUCCUUUCGUUCUAGCGUUGGAAGCAGUCUGCUUUCGCAUGGUUGGCAGAGUUUAAGCAAAAACGCCGCGUCUUCAGCGGCAAUAAAAACAAGCCUACAAGCAAAAUUAGCAUGGCCAAUCGCGCCAAGUUGAAAGUUAAUUAUUUCUCAAGAUCCCUGUCUAGUGCCACUUACCGCAUUCCAGUUUGCAUGGAUAUUCGCAGGCACCAACAGUGAUAAUUAUUAAACCGUCCGUUCCCAGCUACCUCCUUGGUAGAAGCUGCAGCUAGACAAGGUUGCCGACCUUUGACCACAGUGAAACGCUGUUGCUUCCUCUGCUAGUUGAAAAACUGGAAUGCAGUUCUUUGGUAUGUCAUCACACUGAGCGCUGUGGCAGCCGCGGUGGCAAAGCCUAUGAACAUAGAGUUUCUCACUAUAUUACCUAGAGGAAAAUCUGUCGCUGCUGCGCUGUGGUAUGCAUGGGAAUGCCGGUAUAUUGUGACUUUGUAUUGGCAUCGUUCUCGGAGAGCCAGGCAAGCACCGUUCCGUCUGUCACAAUGAUUCAUAUUCUACUAAAACUGCACGUAAAAAGCUGUUUUAGCUUUAUUAUUACAAAAAACAUGUUUUGUUUAACUAUAAGAACUUGUUAUUGCAUGUACAAUUACAUGAUACGUAAAAAGUAUUAGCGGGCCGCUAAAGUUGGAGGACAGACGACAAGAUUCUCGCUCACUUUGAAACAGUUUGUCGUCUGUUCUUGCUUUUAUUCCCUUCGUCAUGCAUUGUAGGUGAGUAAAGAUGCAACUUGCGUGAAUGGAAACAUUUUAUGAAGAUUUUACAGUAAGAACGCGUUAUUUGUGUAGCCAUAUCCACGUUUUAGACGAAGCCUCUCACAACACCAGCCAACACAAGCCUCGCAGACACGUAUACCGUCAUUCCCAUGACGGCACGGCGCCCCUUAAGAAACUCCUGUAGACGGUGGCGCCAGAUUUCCCUCUAGGUGUUAUAGUGAGAAACUCUAUGCCUAUGAAACUGUCUCGUGACAUCAUUUAAUUAUGACAAUUUAGACUUUACCGUUUGCACACUUGCCGCAGCACUCUUCGGCAAGCACUGUCGUGAGCGUCUCCAAGAUGGGCUGCACUGAUAUUUGCUGGAAAGUUUAACAGGUUUCUUUUAGUAAAGAAUACUCUUAUUUCCAAAAAAAAAGACAAAGCGUACAUGAGGAACAAGACGGACAUAGCAGUUGAAGGAAUUUUAUCGCUUAGUAGAUAAAACAUUAUCCAACAAGCUUUAGCACAUUUGCUCCAAGGAUAUGAAAUAUUUGGCGUUCCUCCUAGGACACUUCCAUGCAAAGCGUUCGUCUCUUUUUCUUUUGUUUCAUUCAGAUAAACGGAAUUACUUAGAAUGCGUGCCGAUAUGUCCAUUUGUUUUUGUUUUACAACAAUACUGUCCACAGCUGCUGCAAAACCUGAGUUAUUUACAAAGUUAAAUGAAGCAUUCGAACUGUUAUAAUUGUAACAACGCCAGCAUUAUGGCCAAGCAACACGUUUAGUGAAUCACAAGACAAACAGCUUUCGAAAACUCCAACUCGCGGCGAAACAUCCGGUACAGUUACUUGUACCUCAUAAACUAGAGAGAGGCUACGUGUUUUCUUCCGACUUUGUUGACGUUGCCCGCUGGCGCCGUAGAUGUCGCACCUGACUUCAGUCGCGCUUUCUUGAUUUUCCCGGUCACACCGGGGAACCGUAUACACCAACUCCAACAGCGCCAGCGCGUACCCACAUUCGCUAUAUUUACCGCGACAAACUUUCACAAGUCCAACUGCCGACUUUGCGAUUGUCGUCGCCGAUAUACCUUCUCGCUAUUAUGGUGACAGAGAGCUUUAUUGCGCCUCCGGCUCAUUGCGAAUUUAUUUCUCUUCUUUUUUUCUUAUCGAGGGAAACCAGGCAGGCGACUGCCAGGACAAGCAGCUGACGGCAACGUAUAUUUUCUAUCUUUCACCGCGGCCUAGCUGUUGGUGGUGAUGCUUUCCAGCUGAACCCAUUGUUUAUUGGUCAUCACAUAUAUUAACCCAAUUGCGUCGCAAUAGGCUUUGAUUAGUCGUAGCGAGUGAUUGAUUGCAAGCGUGCAAUUUGCGUAGGUCGCAUUGACCGUGCUGUGAAGUGUUUUGCCGAUCCUGCCAUGGACAUGAUUUUGUCGUAAGCAGCGGAAGUGUCGCUUUGGCAAGUAGUCGUGAAACUUACUUUGUUCUCUGGAUCGUCUUUGUUACUUCGUAUUGGCGUCGUGUGGGAUGCCUGCUUCUUUAUUUAUUUAUUUAUUUAUUUAUUUAUUUAUUUAUUUAUUUAUUUAUUUAUUUAUUUAUUUAUUUAUUCCAUGUUGUGUGUGGCUUGCACAGUGCGACAUACCCUUCGACAUACCCAAGGUCUCGAACCAAACUCGUAAUUGAAUCAGCUUUGUUUUCAAUCUGGAUAUACAAUUGUUCAACGGAUAACGUUGCUUAUUAGGUAGACGUGAAAAAUUAUUUUCGAGUACUGGAUAACGAGGGCCUCUAAAAAUCACCAAAGCGCGUGCCAAAAAGAAUUUGCGAAAACAACGUCGUGUACAACCGAAUUCUUCACGUUUCGAUUUUCACUUGCUGCAAACAGAGCGUCUACAAAGGAAAGACGUUCGCACCGAGUAAAGUUCGCGCGAGCAUUGACCAAACGGUUUGAACUAGUGUCAUUCAAAUCCUUUUCGUCAAGACAAGCGUAAGCUCCUUAGUUCGAAUGCAGCACUGUUGUGUGCAUUUUCUUCAUCGUGUCACUGCUUAGUUAACCGACUGAUCGAACACACUGAUCUACGUCGGCCUUCGUGCCACGACAGAAAUGUCUAAAUUCAGAGUUCCGGCUCAGCGCCGAUAAAAAAAAAAAAGCGCAGUUUGCUGCGACAGAGAUCAGACGCUAGCUCUGCGCGGUACAUUGAAAAAGAUAGUUACGGAGAUUCAUUUCUCACCUUGCCAAAACGUCACUUCCUCUGCUCGACCUACAGAGUCAUAAAAUGAUGUUACGGGAGAGGAAUUUAGUUUUUCUCACCAUGGUACCGUUUCCUGGUACGUUGUAUAGAUUGAUGUUGCCGUAUAGAGAAGAAAUAUUUCGCCGAGUAUAUGACUCGUUGACGAGAGAUGGAUACAACUGUUACAGAGUUUUCUGGAGGUUGUCCUUGUUGUGAGCUAAAUAAGUCAUAUUUGCAUAACAAAUGAGCUCAAGACUGGCAUGGGCUGCUUGUAGCCGCGUGCUGCGAUCAUUCCGUCAUGUGACGUCGAGCAAAGGCGUUGAUAGGUUGAGCUAGCUGCUAAUUCUAACCCGAGAAUAAUGGCAGUAAAUAUUGCGCGCUAAUGAUUAGUGAAGUUUAUUAUGUCAAAAUGCUAGGUACACGUGAGCUAUGAGAUCGCUUCACAUCGUUCACGCAGGGACCGCUGAACACGCAUACAGUCGGUCACAAAAGCUUGCCACAAAUGUUUGCGGGCAAAAAAUUGUCUACAAUAAUUCGACACACAGGUCCCGCGGAAAAUGUGAAUUUCUGUUCUUUCAAGGCGUGGCGCUUCUGUUUUACCGAAUAACUGCGUAGGUCGCAAUGGAUCCUGCAGGCCAAAACUUUGAAUUCAAGGUUGUGUUGCCCGGAUUCACGGCGAUUCAGCUUGUUUUGCAUACCUCGAGUCCCGCAAACUUUCGUGGCCGACUGUACAUAUGUGAACAGGAAAGCGAAGAAUGCGUGUUAUACCACGCACCACAUAUGACCAUCUAGGUAUUCAGACACUCGACUUUUUCAUGCUAAUAAGGGAAACGAAGCUUUACUUUUGACGUUUGUGGCUGGCGAGCAAACGUGUAAUAUGUAGCUACAAAGUUGUCAAAUGCUAAAAAAUUUAACUUUUCGCAAUCAUGCUAAGAGACGUGAUUGCAUUGGCUUGCAGUUUAUAUGAGCGUGGGCAUUCCUUUCCUAUUGGCUGAACUUCUGAGACGAUCGUUCGUCAGUUUCGAGUAUCAUAAGAGCUUCUACAACGCACUAGUUACUAGCGUUUCUACCUCACCCUCUGGUUCUUAAUGAUUAGCUUACAACUAUUUCGCAAGCAAAGCUUACACUGGUUGUAAAUUCGGCAUUUGCAAUAUGAGUGGUUUAAUUAAAGCAAGUACUUAGGUGUCAAAAGUGUAUUUACAUACUGCCAUCUUGGAUCUGAAAAAAAAGAUUUUAGAAUACCUUUUUUUUUAUUUUCGCCUAUUCUUGCGCAGGCGAAGAUGGGGGUGUCAAAAUAUUUGUACUCUUCCUCGUUUGGCUUUAGGAACCCAGUUUAAAGUGCGGCAGCAUCAAGCAGCCAUGCCGGCCUUGCCAGAUGUAAAUAUCUUGUACAUUGCUGCACCAAUAUUUUCUUCAAACGUUGACGCACCACGCACUGAACGUAGAGAGACUCGAGAGAAACGUUGAUAACGCAUGCAUGGUUUUAACUCAUAUACUGCAGAGAAAUGGUUUAAUCGAGUUGGGCUGUUUUAACGUACAGCACACCGUUAGACGUUCGGAAAUGGUCCGGGAGAGGCCUGCUGGUCUGGUCACACACCGCACAUAUCAUAGAUUAAACACCCUCGUACAUCGGAAGCGGGGAUAAUGCGCCUGCUACUGGGGAGCAGUUUCUGGGCCCUCGGGGAGAUUUUCGUUCUUUCAAUGAUGUACUCUAGCGAUACAACCAAGUGUGCAAACAGAAAAACUGUGAAAAUGUAUGUGUACAGAUAGCAAUUACUGCAAGACAAAGAACGAUACAAUCCUACCAGAAAACAAGUGCCAGGAAUACGAAACACAAAAUAUUUCUUGUCACUAAGGUAAUGAUGAUGAUUUACAAUAUCGUAGACGCUCACGUAUUUGCGUAUGCGCAUCUGCGCAAUUCGCUGCUUCCCUGGUUUCUGGCAUCGAGGCAAGCCGUUUUCAAGCGAAAUUCCUAAGCCUUGCUUCAAGUUUACGAGAUGUUGAGAUUCAAAAUUCUUGAUAAAGCUUUUGUCUUAGCAGUGACAAAGUAACUUUGGCUUUCAACAAAAACUGAAAUAUUAUGCGAAGCGGUGGUAGCUGCCAAAAAUAUUCCCUUUAAAAUUUGAUCUAAAAAUUCGCAACUCUAGACCGUUGCAUCAAAGAAUCUGCAGAAAACGACAUGUAGUCACAACCAUCUUGCAAGUGACGAUUGUAAUGACUGGUUACAAGUGAGCAAUGGAAAAAAUAUUGUGCCCCUGAAGGCUACGACAGAAUCUGAGCUAGGAAAGAACAUCAGUCAUAAAUAGCGGUUUCUUAUGCUUCCUGAAUUUUAGUUGUUGAGAACCUGGUGAUAGUUGUUUUACGCCAAUCAUUUGUAAAAAGCAGUGCUCGCUUUCAAUUCUUUCGGUGCCUUUUUUUUUACUUUUCUUACAUAUCCCAAGAUGCGGACACGGCUCUUGAUGUAUGAUUGUGCUUGCAUGUUCGGAAAUGUCGAGUAUUGUUAUGUCACCACUUUAAACCUGGCUAUUAUAAGGUAUAUCUUUCUUCUUUUCUUUUCAUUUAAUGUUUUUUUUUUGUGUGUGUGUGUGUGUGUGAGAGAAUUGUCUUGAUUGUCCAGCACUGAAAAUGUUAACAAUGAAUUUCAUUGAGUUUAAGCAGAUUUGCGAACUAACUAUCCUCCAAUGUUGCAGAAAUCCCUGCGCCUAGCAUCACGACAGCGGGAAUCAGAUUACAUAGGUCAAGUCAAUGUUUACUUUAGCGUGCAAAGUGCGCAGUUAUAUUUAUUCUUCGGUGCCCCUGUGAAUACUGCAUAGUCCAUCUGUGCACGUGUCUCUUUACUAUUUCUUUUUUUUAUUAUUAUGUUGUGUAUUUGCGAAGGAGGAGAGCGAAAACCUGCUUACAAGCUCGCCAAUGGUAAUCCUUCCACUCUCCGAAAAAAAAAAAUGCCUACAAGCAUUUUGAUAGCACAGACACCGUACUAAUGGCUUUCAUACAAUAAUCUCGCGUGAAAGUUCAGCUGGAACUCUGCGAGCUGUUGUACAACUUGCCAGGUUUCAAGUCCGUAGAUUUCAAGCUUCACCGAUAGGCAUGCACACCCACCUCGCGGUUUAAGUAGUGUAACCGUUACGCUUAGCCACCAUACAUUCGUGAAUUGUGACAGUGAUGAACUAUUUGCGACGCCUCUAGGCUGUCGGUUUCACGGAAGUGUGAUUACGUUUUUUUUUUCGAAUGGCGGUCAGACUCAUGGCUCGCGCGGGUGACUUGGGCACCACGCCCAGACACGAGAAGGGUUAAUACAGGAGCUUUGAACGCAUGAUUCACAAUUCAGUGCAAUUUCGGUCAAGAGUGUUACGUUCAGGGCCAGAAACGCUUUCAUAAGUCUAUCCAGAGGUUCGGGUUGUGAACACGCAUAGCUGUUAAAUAGCAGUACAAAGAGACGUUAGAAAAGCGCCGGUGUUAACCAACUUCUUUGGAGUCGAGAGUCACACAGUUGCUAUUUUUGUAUAGACUUCAGUAAAACAAUAUCGACGACAUGUGCUGUGUACGUACAAGUAACAGUGAAGUGGUUUCUGUGGUAUCCUCGUUGCCCAUACAGAGCUUGGAAUUGCCAGCACCUGUAGUUUCUCUAUUUGUCGAGCGCUAGCUUCUUCGCGGUUUACUUAGAGUAACCAUCCACACAUGGAAAGCGACUCGGGCAAAAGGUUAACGCUCAAUGGCGCAAAGAUUCCGUUGCUAGAGCCAGUCGCGUAGAGAAUGAAGUUUGCUUAAAUGACCAAAAAUUCCACUUAGAUGUUCCAGGAAUAGCUAAAAUUGAGUUUUUACUACGCAGGCAUAAGGGGCCACAGCGCAAAACAAGCGUCUACUAUGAACACAGACGACGCGUUCCGGUUUUGUGUUUAUUCUACUGUUAUGUAUCUGUCUUUAGCGUCGUCUGAUUUGCGCACUGCCUGCCAGAUGCAUCUGCGAGUCGUGUUCUGUGAAUACGCAGAUGGUUAACACGUGACGGACACGUGACACAGUAGGAUGCAUAAAAAUAAUGCGUUUAUCGAACUCUGCCGGGCCGUCUCCCUUGGGCACUGAGUUCAGGCAGCCACGUUGGCUUCACCGCUUCGUACGGCGUGGCUGCUGGACGUCUUCAAACAAGAGUUGUCGUCUGCUUGACCGUACGCAAGCAGACGGGCUUUAUACAUAUAUAUUUCGGUGUGAUUUGCACACGUCACACUUCUACUGCGUACGAGCCACACGCACUCAUGUAGUUCACACACUGUUUCUGGUGCCAUGUUCUUGACCUUGUAGGUGAUGUCUUGACCACACGCGCUCUUCACCCGCGUUACAUGUAGCUUGAAAAAAAAAAAAAGACCUGCUUCUCUUCCACAGGUUCACUGUAUCGUAGUUAAUCAUACUAAACUCUCUGCCAAAGAUGGAAAAUGAUUUUUGGAUGAGAGAUGUGUGAAGAGGUUCUAUUCACUGUUUCGUCGCGGUUGACUUGCUUGACGACAACGUGCCGUGGAGUUAUGAUCUUUUAAGAAAAAAGAAAGAAUAAUAAAAAACAGAGUACAGUU